AUGAAGUGCACAAUCGUCCUCUGUGCUUUGUUGGCACUUGCUGAAUGCAUAAGGAUUCCUCUAAUAAGAGGCAAAACAGCCCGAGAAAUGCUGAAAGAAAGGGGUUUGUGGGAAGAGUACAGGAAGAAAUUUCCAUACAGCCCCAUGGUUAAGUUCAUGCUGAGUGGUAAAGAGAUGAUGACCAAUGAUGCUGACUUGGCUUAUUAUGGUGUCAUCUCUCUCGGGACUCCACCUCAGAGUUUCAAAGUGGUCUUUGAUACGGGCUCUUCCAACCUGUGGGUGCCUUCCAUUUACUGCUCCAGCGAAGCCUGCAAGAACCAUGCCCAGUUCCACCCUCAGUCCUCCAGUACUUUCAAGUGGGCCUCUCAGUCCGUUUCUAUUCAGUAUGGCACUGGUAGUAUGACUGGUAAUCUUGGAUAUGACACUCUAACGGUUGGUGGGAUCACCGUGCCCAAUCAGAUCUUUGGGCUGAGCACAACUGAGGCUCCUUUCAUGGCCACCAUGCAGGCUGAUGGCAUCCUGGGCCUGGCCUUCCCUUCCAUCUCAGCAUCUAGAGCCACACCUGUCUUUGACAACAUGAUGAAUCAGAACCUGGUCUCCCAGAAACUCUUCUCUGUCUACCUGAGCAAGAACGAUGACGCUGGCAGUUUUGUCCUUUUUGGUGAAACGGACAGCUCCUACUACAGUGGAAGCAUAACGUGGGUCCCUCUGUCAUCUGAAACCUACUGGCAGGUUAAAAUGGACAGUGUUACUAUUAAUGGGGGAGCUGCUGGUUGUGCCGGUGGUUGCCAGGCUAUCCUUGACACAGGGACGUCCCUCAUCGUGGUUCCCAGCACUGAUUUCAAUAACGUUGUCUCUAAGAUUGGUGCCACCAUGGAUGAAUAUGGAGAUGCCAACGUGGACUGCAACAAAAUUGACAGCAUGCCCUCUGUGACUUUCAAUCUUAACGGGAAAAGUUUCACCGUCCCUCCCUCUGCUUAUGUGUCACAGACUAAGUAUGGCUGCCGGGCUGGCUUUGGAAAUGGUGGCUCUCAACAACUGUGGAUCUUGGGUGAUGUUUUCCUCCGUCAGUUCUAUGUUAUCUUUGAUAGACAAUACAACCAAGUAGCUCUGGCUCCUACAGUCGCAAAACAGUAA